UCAUUUCCUGUAGGAGGUGAACAAGAGCAGAGAUCUGUUUCCCUUCAGAGCACAGAGGUUGUUUCUGUUCAGAGAAAGUCAAACUGUCUGACAGUCACUGAGAGACGGUGAAACGGCACAGCACAUGAAUCAAAUGGAUCAAACAAAAUUCUGCUGUUCAGUCUGUUUGGAUCUACUGAAGGAUCCGGUGACUAUUCCCUGUGGACACAGCUACUGCAUGAACUGUAUUAAAAGCUUCUGGGAUGAAGAGGAAAAGAAGAAAAUCUACAGCUGCCCUCAGUGCAGACAGACUUUCACAGCGAGGCCUGUCCUGGUGAAAAACAUCAUCGUAGCAGAUUUAGUGGAGGAGCUGAAGAAGACUGGACUCCAAGCUCCUCCUGCUGAUCACUGCUAUGCUGGACCUGAAGAUGUGGCCUGUGAUGUCUGCACUGGAAUAAAAAUGAAAGCCUUCAAGUCCUGUUUAGUCUGUCUGGCAUCUUACUGUGAGAAACACCUUCAGACUCAUUAUGAUUCACCUACAUUCAAGAAACACAAGCUGGUGGAGCCCUCCAAGAAGCUCCAGGAGAACAUCUGCUCUCGUCAUGAUGAGGUGAUGAAGAUGUUCUGCCAUACUGAUCAGCAGAGUAUCUGUUAUCUCUGCUCUGUGGAUGAACAUAAAGGCCACGACACAGUCUCAGCUGCAGCAGAAAGGACUGAGAGGCAGAGAGAGCUGGAGGUGAGUCGACAAAACAUCCAGCAGAGAAUCCAGGACAGAGAGAAAGAUGUGAAGCUGCUUCAACAGGAGGUGGAGGCCAUCAAUCAGUCUGCUGAUCAAACAGUGGAGCACAGUGAGAAGAUCUUCACUGAGCUGAUCCAUCUCAUCCAGAAAAGAAGCUCUGAUGUGAAGCAGCAGAUCAGAUCCCAGCAGGAAACUGAAGUGAGUCGAGUCAAAGAGCUUGAGGAGAAGCUGGAGCAGGAGAUCACUGAGCUGAAGAGGAAAGAUGCUGAGCUGAAGCAGCUCUCACACACAGAGGAUCACAUCCAGUUUCUACACAACUACCCCUCACUGUCAGCACUCAGUGAGUCUACAGACUCAUCCAGCAUCAAUAUCCGUCCUCUGAGCUACUUUGAGGAUGUGACAGCAGCUGUGUCAGAGGUCAGAGAUAAACUACAGGACAUUCUGAGAGAGGAAUGGACAAACAUCUCACUGACAGUCACUGAAGUGGAUGUUUUACUGUCAGAUCCACCAGAGCCAAAGACCAGAGCUGGAUUCUUAAAAUAUUCAUGUGAAAUCACACUGGAUCCAAACACAGCACACAAACAGCUGUUAUUAUCAGAGGGGAACAGAAAAGCAACAGCAAUGAAUCAACAACAGUCUUAUUCUGAUCAUCCAGACAGAUUCACUGUAUGGUUUCAGGUCCUGAGUAGAGAGAGUCUGACUGGACGUUGUUACUGGGAGGUGGAGUGGAGAGGGGCAGGAGUUAAUGUAGCAGUCGCAUACAAGAAUAUCAGCAGAAAAGGAUAUGAAUCGAAUUUUGGACGUAAUGACAAAUCUUGGGCGUUAGAUUGUAACAACAACAGUUAUACAUUUUGGUACAACAAUAUCCAAACUCGUGUCUCAGGUCCUCGUUCCUCCAGAGUAGGAGUGUACCUGGAUCACAGAGCAGGUAUUUUGUCCUUCUACAGCGUCUCUGAAACCAUGACUCUCCUCCACAGAGUCCAGACCACAUUCACUCAGCCGCUCUAUGCUGGACUGUUGGUUUACUAUAGUGGACUUGAAGAUACUGCUGAGUUUGUUAAAUUGAAAUAGACUGAAGUCUUUCAUAUUGUGGGUUUAAAUCUGUAUUUUAGUUUCAUUUUAUUUUCUCUCCAUCAUUUCUGCACAGAGAUCAGCUGUCAGUCAAACAUUAUGGGUGGUACCUCCACAUCUUCUAGUUGUUCUCUUGAUGUUUCUGAGUUUUUAAAGGAGAUCUUUCCUGUGACUGUUUAUGGAGGCUAUCAUUGCUCAUCAUCAUUUUGAUUUACUAAAAUAUUUCUGCACAUGAAAAUGUAAACUUCUCUAUCCUCUAAAUGUUUCUGGAAUAUUUGUAUUGAAAAUGUCGACAUUUCUCUUUAUGAGUAUGGCAGACCAUGUGUGUGUGUUUGUGUUUGUUUUUGUCAAAAUCAUCAAACAAAUGAGGAAAAACUGUGAUUUUAAUGAAUGAAUUCAUAUAUUGUGUUGAUGUUUUAUUGUGUGAAUAAACUGGAAGGUUUGACUAUAAAUCAAACUUUGAACAAAGU